UACUCAUGGGCUUGAGGCCAGCGCCACUCACACUCUCCUCUGCUCAGCAGCAGACGGGCUGAGCUCCUCUUAUCCUUGCAUUCCUUCUCCUCCAUUUCUCUAAAAUCUUUCUCUGAGGGAGGAACAGCUAUAGCUUUGGGGCUACUAUAGCUUUAAGGAAACUUUUGGCAGAUGCCAAUGUCCUAACAUCUGGGCAGUGUUAACAGAAUCCUGGAGGCCCGGACAGACCAGGAGCCACUCAUUCUAGGAAUGUAAAAAAGUAGUUUUUCCGACUGAUGAGAGGAGCAGAGAGGAAGGAGAAAGAGAAGAGAGUACAAAAAACCCGUACAUCAGCUCUGGCAGAUUAUCUUUUCUUGCUGAGAUUCCUCCCCACAUGUUUCCACUUUCCUUGCCUCCCCUGCUUGCUCUCACUUGUUCUGUAUUCUGCUUCCUUGCCACUCUCAAGACAGAAUCUGAAGCUAGAUAGCAAUAAAUUGGAAAAUGAAUUUCUGCCGUUCUUGGACUUCUCAUAUCCCUUAGGGAUGCUGGUCAGAAUCUGCCAUCUUUUUGUUCCUCCAUUUCUGGGACUGACCCCUCCCCUGAGCAUGGCGUUUCAUUGAAAGCCUGUGGGUAAAUGGGUUCUUGCUGAGAAAUCCAGUGGCCAGUUUACAGCAAUGGGCAGCAAGUUUUAAUACUGUCAUUUAUGAAGUAUUUGCCUACUGGAAACCACAAAACUCUCAUCCCAUUAGAGUCCCAUUAGAGAGUCCCUCACUCAUUAGAGUGAGGACAGGAUGGGAAGUGAGAGGGCAGUGGGAGGUUGCUUACCCUCUCCUCACGUACCUUAGUAUGUUCUUUCCAACCUUACUGACUUCCUGCCGGCUCAGCAGGAUAAAACUAGAAAGUUAGGCUGGACUUGAAAGCCAGAAGCCACUACCAAACCGCUAAGCCUCGAAAUCCAAAGCUAAGAACUGAGCCAGGGUAUAGUCACUGCCUGAGAGACUAGAGAAAGAAGACAUCCAGUCCUGUUCAAGAUGGAAUUGAUCCUGCAUUUCUGCUUCCUCUCACUUUUGGAAGUUCACUGAUGUCUGAUUUCUGAAAGUCAUCCUCCUUUGCCUUGGUGCUUCUGGCCACAUACCUCUAUUCUUGUCUCCCUAACCCCACUUCCCAUCCCUCCCCACCCCCUUUUCAAGGAUGGCCAUUCAACUAAAUCGAAGAGGAGCUCUCUCUCUGCUGCUCUUCCUCACUCCAGCAGUGAUGCCAACAUGGUAUGCAGGCUCAGGCUACUACCCAGAUGAAAGCUACAAUGAAGUCUAUGCUGAAGAGGUCCCACAGACUCCCAUCCUAGACUACAAAGUCCCCCGAUGGUGUUAUACAUUAAAUAUCCAGGAUGGAGAAGCCACAUGCUACUCACCUAGAGGAGGAAAUUAUCACAGCAGCCUGGGUACCCGCUGUGAGCUUUCCUGUGACCGGGGCUUUCGACUGAUUGGACGGAGAUCCGUGCAAUGCCUGCCAAGCCGCCGUUGGUCUGGAACUGCCUACUGUAGGCAGAUGAGAUGCCAUGCAUUGCCAUUCAUCACGAGUGGCACCUACACGUGCACAAAUGGGGUGCUUCUUGACUCUCGCUGUGACUACAGCUGUUCCAGUGGCUACCACUUGGAAGGUGACCGCAGCCGAAUCUGCAUGGAAGAUGGGCGAUGGAGCGGAGGAGAGCCUGUAUGUGUAGACAUAGAUCCCCCCAAGAUCCGUUGUCCCCACUCCCGUGAGAAGAUGGCAGAGCCGGAGAAACUGACCGCUCGAGUAUACUGGGACCCACCCCUGGUGAAAGAUUCUGCUGAUGGUACCAUCACCAGGUUGACACUUCGGGGCCCUGAGCCUGGCUCUCACUUUCCAGAAGGCGAACACGUGAUUCGUUACACUGCUUAUGACCGAGCCUACAACCGGGCCAGCUGCAAGUUCAUUGUAAAAGUACAAGUGAGACGCUGCCCAACUCUGAAACCACCACUGCAUGGCUACCUCACUUGCACCUCGGCGGGGGACAACUAUGGUGCCACCUGUGAAUACCACUGUGAUGGAGGGUAUGAGCGCCAAGGGACCCCCUCCCGGGUCUGCCAGUCCAGCCGCCAGUGGUCAGAAUCACCACCCAUCUGUGUUCCUAUGAAGAUUAAUGUCAAUGUCAACUCAGCUGCUGGCCUUCUGGAUCAGUUCUAUGAGAAACGGCGACUCCUCAUCAUCUCAGCCCCUGAUCCCUCCAACCGAUAUUAUAAAAUGCAAAUCUCUAUGCUACAGCAAUCCACUUGUGGACUGGACCUGAGGCAUGUGACCAUCAUCGAGCUGGUGGGGCAGCCACCUCAGGAAGUGGGGCGCAUCCGGGAGCAUCAGCUGUCAGCCAAUAUCAUUGAGGAACUCAGGCAAUUUCAGCACCUCACCCGCUCCUACUUCAACAUGGUGUUGAUUGACAAGCAGGGAAUUGACCGGGAACGCUACAUGGAACCUGUCACCCCCGAGGAAAUCUUCACGUUCAUUGAUGACUAUCUACUGAGCAAUGAGGAGCUGAUCCAACGCCGGGAACAAAGAGACAUAUGCGACUGAACUUGAGUCGGAGCAUGGUUGAGGUCAAGGGAAAAGGUUCCCUGGUCAGCCAAAACUGGGGCCUAAUCAAAGGAGAAAAUGCUUUCCCACAGCUCUGAGGAAAGGACUCUAAGGUGGGUGAGGUUCCCUGAUCCUGGGACAUUUCCAGACACCUUUCCUCAAGCAAGUCUCUGCUUUAGGUAGCACUGGAACAGCAUAAGAAGCUAGGGAGGGACUGAGGACAGGCCCUGGGCAGCAGCUUGUAGAUAGAAAGUCUUACUUCUGCCCAGCUCUCCAAAAUCUUUCAGAGAAGUAAAUUCUAAAUUCACUCACUAA